AUGACUUACACAUUCGCUCUCCAUCUUAAGCCUAUCAGCUUCGAUUACUCCAAUGUCUCCGGCUUCUUUGGGCCGGGUGCCUUUUGGGCGUGGGUGAUUAGCUUGCUUACUGGCUUCUGCCCUAACGAGGGUCUGCACUUGAUGCGAGUCAUCUGGAAAGAGCCCUGGGAAUAUCCGUUAUCAUUUGACAAUGCUUCUGAGCUGCCCCCUCUGCCAGCUGAGAAGAAGCCAGGCGAAAGCACCACCGAUGUCAGCAAUAAUGAUUCCGGACAAGAUGACGUGCUGGAAAAGGAUAAAAUGGAUUGUAUUCGACAAUUCCUGAAGAAAGUCAUGCAAAACGCGUUAACCGACGACAUGCAGCGGUCUCCAGAGCUUGUGGGACAAUUUUUAGAACUGAACCUUUGGCUUUCACAGCUGCGUCUGAAUAACCAGUCGUUUUUCUUUGGGUAUAAUUUUGAUAAACACUCGGACAACUUUCUGCUGCAAGCGGAGUGUGCUGAUCACGUCAUGGACUCUCUACCCUUGUUCAUCACGGAAAGAACAACAUAUCUGGGCCUCAUGCGCUACAGCACGUCAAAGAGUCCUCGUGUUCAGUACCGGAUGGAAAGAACAUAUGAAUUACCGCGGAAUCUGAGAGCAACCUGUUCCUGGUUCGAGCUGAAUGAGACAGACUUCAUUCACUACCUCAAGGAAUUUCGCAAUCGCGUUCAAUUUUGGAUGUACCAGUAUAAAGCUUCAGAGGCAGAAAUACCACGCAAAAUGGAUGCUAAUACAUGGGCAGCGGCCUUGUAUGCCCUGGUAUCUUGCUGGGUGUGUCUCAUUGAACAUGGCAGGUGCAAAUCCAAGACAUGGAGACCAGAAGAUGAUGCCGCUUCCUGUGUGGCACAAGUUGCCUACGGAGCAUCAACUUUGGCCUUGUUAUCAUCGCAUCCCAGAAAGCCUGAAUCUUCUCGAAAAUCCAGAACUUCGCUACGGUCCUCCAUUUGGAUGGUAGUCUAUCUUCAUGCUUGGUUUGUCAUGCUGUGUCGAGGAUAUUUUGUCGAAGAUGGGCUGGGUAUAGCGAGUAUAUUAGGCACUGCCCAAUUCUCUGGACUCCUAGGACUUUUGUGUUACCGAAUGCCUUUUUUGGUGGUUUUGGAAGUGGAACCUACAAGGUCAUGGAUUGCUCGAAGGUUUACCUGGCUCAGAUUAGGACCAGCGCAAUCGGUAUCAGAGCUCCGGCAAGGGACGGUUUUCCUGUGCACUUUACUACAAGCAUUGGCGCUUCUUUCAAGCGGACGGAGAUUCCUACAGAUACCCAAAAUUCCUUGGACUCUCCACGCUGGACCGCCGAUUCCAAAAAGUUCUGCUAGCAUUCUUGAUUUGGAUCAGGCCGCUGCAUUGGCUACCGCAGUUUUUCUUCUCUUGGCAAUACCUUUACAAUUUGCGAUUAUAUCAUUUGGUCGCGUACUUUGGAGAGGAUACCGAGUCGUUGUUUCUGCUAUACCACUCGCUGUGUUACAAAAACCCUGGUCGUUGUAUAUCAUGAUGGUCUUUGUACUCCCAGUACUCCCAGUAUACGCGAUACUGCAUCCUGUGCGGGCGGUAAAAAUGGUCGUGGGAUCUAUGCAAAGUGUACUUCGACUGAUCAGAACAAGUCUUGCUCAUCUGAGGGGUUCCUCAAGACAAGAAAUUGAUGGCCAAGCUAUGGAAUUACAACGGCGCACCACGAGUCAGAUGGAGCAAGACGAUAAGCAACUCCGAUUGCCCAGGUGCUCUCCGCAACUUCGCAUACACGUCAAGAGCAUUACAAAAAUGGGCAAGGGUCCUUUGGAGCGGAAGCUCAAAUUUGAGAAGAAGAACACAGACCUCGUCAAGCUUCCCAAAUAUGCCAAGGUUGAGAAACGCCCUAUACCACAUGCGCCAGUCGCGUCUCCCUAUGCAGGCGCCUCAGUGCCCAAAGUUGUCUACGUCUCCAGUAGUACCCCGUUCAUGAGCGCUGUAAAGCGCGUACAGAAACUGCUCAUACAAGCCGAGAAGCGUGCUACUGCCAACAUAAGCCUUGAAAACACACGCAAGAGCGAACAGCAGAUCCUUGAGGAACUGUCCAAGGUGUCAGAGAAGCGAGAGGAGGUAUUCGUCAAGGCAACCGGACGCGCGAUUGAGAAGGCAUUGAAUGUUGGCAAAUGGUUCGAGGAAAAGGCCACACAGUACGUGGUGCGCAUCAAGACAGGAAGCGUACUUGUCGUGGAUGAUGUCGUUGAGGACGAAGAGAAGAAACAGAAAGAGCAACAAAAACAACAGCAGUCAGAGAAGCAGAGCCAAUCUGGUCCCAGCACCGAUCCUUCCAAGACAGAGUCACAGUCGACUGCGACGAAGAGAAAGCACCAAGAUGAUCCUGCGGAGAGUGAGGACGAAUUACCGGAGAGUCGAACACGUUGGAUCAAGAUGGUCGAGGUUGCUGUGACCCUAAAGUGA